AUGUAUAGAAAUUUCACUUCUAACAAUACUAGAACCACAGCUAACCUGCUUGGUUUGAAGUAUUUGUUGAAGGACUUUUCGGAUGUACCCACUAAGAAGUUCACAAAAUUGAGUGCUGAUGAAGUUAACCAAAUUCUUAGCAUUCAAGAGUUGAAUUCGAAUUGGACAUUUGUAAAUCUUAUAUUAAUAGUUAGAAUGUCAUUAGUUUAGGUCGUAAAUACUAGUUCUAGAAUUUUUAAGACUCUUUCAGUUUUAUGGCCUAAGUUUCUUAAAUAGCUGAGUAGAUGAAACGUAUUUAUUAUAAAAAUUUUAGAUUAUCCAAAAUGGUAUAACAAGAAUGGACUUGUUACUAUUGAUCUCACAACCAAUGAGGUCAAAGGUGUAACAUUCAAAGAUGUACUAUUGGCCUACGCUGCUGAUCAUAUAUCUUAGAUUAUUCAAUCGAACCAAAACAACUCUAUUUUUGAUAAUUGUAACAUACACGUUGAAAACCUUAUACAAUCGUGGAAUAACAAUUAUUAAAAGAGUCAAGAACUUAACCAAGUUAUUGACAAAUCUGUGAACUUCUUAUGA